AAAGCCUUUUUGCACAGUCCCUUGUUCUGUCAUUUCAAAACGUGCCGGAGAGGGUGGGUCACUCCUUCAGGGAAAAGAUGGUUUUUCCUCCCGUUUCCAUAUUUAUAGGAGCAUCUUUCUUUGAUAUGUCCGCCUACCUUUUUGACGAUAUUUCGCUCUCGCCCGGUCACUGUUUCUCCGGCCAUCUUGUUUUCUGCCUCGCCAUCGACAUUUGCCCACUUUAGCAGAUACAGAAACCGCGAUGCCUGAGUUUCGCACCAAGUUCGAGUCUUUUCGAUUGGUGUUGAUGGUACUGUUCCAAGUUCUGGUGGCCAUAGUGUUUGUUUCGGCCGACAGAAGCCUCCCGUUUGAGUCUCCGGGACUUGGCGGGACGGAAAAAACGGGGAGCGAGUACUUUCUCCGAGCAGUGGAUUACUUAUGGAAGCUGAAUCAAUCUAGUUAUCAGCAUGUCUGGCCGGAGAUGAAUUUUGGGUGGCGGAUUGUCGUCGGUACUGUGAUUGGAAUCUUCGGAGCGGCUUUUGGGAGUGUUGGUGGCGUUGGCGGUGGUGGCAUCUUCGUUCCCAUGCUGAGCAUGGUUAUCGGGUUCGACCCCAAAUCAUCAACCGCCAUAUCAAAGUGCAUGAUCAUGGGUGCGGCAAUCUCAACGGUCGUGUACAACCUCAAGCUGAGGCAUCCUACCCUUGACAUUCCCAUAAUCGACUACGAUCUAGUGUUGCUCAUCCAGCCAAUGCUUAUGCUUGGCAUUAGCAUAGGCGUCAUGUUCAACCUCAUAUUCGCCGACUGGAUGGUUACGAUCUUGAUUAUUCUCUUGUCACUGGGCACCUCAACCAAAGCAUUCUUCAAAGCCUUAGAAACCUGGAGUAGGGAAACCGUUUUGAAAGAGGUAGAUCCUCGUGCAAACUCAAAUUAAGGAAAGCUUCCAACGACAUUAAAGUUUUUCCUGGAAUCAAAAUUGCUAGUGCUGCCACAAUGCAUU